CGUUAAAGUUAUCCUUCAUGAAUCGAUAAGAAAUUUUCUUUUGGGUGCUUAGUUUUAGCUUCUGCUUUCUUCACUGAAAGCUGAAAGUGAUGGCGCUGAAAUUGCCCAUCUCAUUCCCAAUUUUCUCGCCACCGUCGCCAACCCCUUAUACUAACACUAACGAGCCCGGCCAUCGACCGCCAACGGAGAUCCGAUUCUCCCGCUGGAACAACGCCAACGCCGAGAAAUUCAACCAACGCCGACGCGCCCAACAAGAAAUCGAAGAUGAUAUUCGCCGUUACCGCCGCUUCGAUUCCGCCACCAAAAUUGCCACCACCGUAGAACCCUCCUCUUCCUCCACACCACAACCAACCGAAACCUACAAAUCCUUUGGCUCCCCUUCCUCUCCCUCCAGUCCUUCAAUUCCAGGCAAGAAAUCCAAGUACUCCAAGCCCCCAAACCACCCAGCUUUUCGCAAAUUCUCCAAAGCUGCAAAUCCUCCGCCACCGUCUCCACUCGACAAGAAACCUGCAAAUGUCGCCAUCGGCGAGGACGGCGUAUCGUUCGUCAUCGACGGUGCACCGUUCGAGUUCAAAUACAGUUACACUGAGACGCCAAAAGUGAAGCCGGUAAAGCUAAGGGAACCACCCUACUCGCCGUUUGGACCUACGACCAUGCCUAGGCCUUGGACAGGCCGGGCUCCACUUCCGCCCAGUAAGAAAAAGAUGAAGGAAUUCGAUUCUUUCGUAUUGCCUCCGCCUGAAAAGAAAGGGGUGAAGUCCAUACAGAAACCUGGUCCAUAUUUACCUGGGACCGGUCCAAGGUACGUCCAGUCGAGAGAGGAGAUUUUGGGAGAGCCAUUGACUGCAGAGGAGGUUAAGGAGCUAGUAAACAGUUGUUUGAAGUCACAACGACAGUUGAAUAUGGGUAGGGAUGGUUUAACACACAACAUGUUAGAUAAUAUACACGCUCACUGGAAAAGACGAAGAGUUUGUAAGAUUAAAUGCAAGGGAGUUUGUACGGUCGAUAUGAACAAUAUUUGUGAGCAACUAGAGGAAAGAACAGGAGGGAAAGUUAUUUUCAGAAGAGGGGGAGUUCUAUUCCUUUUUCGAGGUAGAAAUUACAAUUAUAAAACUCGUCCUCGCUUCCCUCUUAUGCUGUGGAAACCUGUUACCCCUGUGUAUCCACGGCUGAUUCCGCGUGUUCCUGAGGGUCUAACACCACAAGAAGCAACUGAAAUGAGAAAGAAGGGGAGGAAAUUAAUGCCGAUACGUAAACUUGCGAAGAAUGGUGUGUAUGCUGACCUUGUCAAAAAUGUUAGGGAGGCAUUUGAAGAGUGUGAACUUGUCCGGAUUAAUUGUCAAGGGAUUAAGGGAAGUGACUAUAAGAAAAUUGGUGCCAAACUAAAGGAGCUGGUCCCAUGUGUGCUAAUCUCAUUUGAAGAUGAGCACAUACUAAUGUGGCGAGGAAACAAUUGGAAGUCGUCUUUCUCAAAACCAUCAUCAAAUUCAGGCAUAGAGAAAACCAAUGCAGACACAGUUUCCAUUACUGGACAGUUGGAAGGACAAGAAUUAUCACCGACAUAUGUUCAAACAGCUGGUACAGGCUCACCUCUCAGUAGUUCUCAAGAUAAUAGCAUUGAGCAAAGGGAGUCCGUUGAAAAUGACCAGACAAAUGUAUCUCCCACUGCAAAAUCAGGUAUAAUGGAGGCUAGUCAAACAACAUUAGAUGGGAUGGAUUAUGCCGGUCAUGAGUCCGAAAGCAAAGUGAAUACCUCUGGAAGUGCAAUUGCUGAUGAUAUCAAAUCUGCUGGUGGUGAAUCUGAAACCUUGACAAUGACCUAUGGUCUUGAGCAUAUUUUGGAUAAUCCUGGCAGAGCAAAUGAAGAGCCAUCAGCUAUGCUAAUGGAAAGUCAUGUUGGACCCAGGAGUCCUGGAAGUAGUCAAAGCCAUUCAGAGUCUUCUGUUAUUGAUUCGAUCAAUCAUGACCAGCUGGAAAUUGUUGCCGAAGCUUCGCUAGAUAUUAACCGGCCAGCAAGAAUGAGUGCACCCUGUACUGAGAGGGUUUUGCAUCUGAUGAAACAAGCUGUUGAGAGUGGGAGUGCAGUUGUAUUAGAUGAUCCUACUUUGGAUGCUGACGGAAUAUAUCAAAGAUCUGUUGCCUUUUCCCGGUCUGCACCACCUGGGCCAGUUUUUAGGCGACAGCCUCGUAAAAUGUCUAUCCAAAAGAACAAAGAGCUAGAACCUGGGAAUUUGGAAAUGAAGGAAGUCACAGCAGUUCCCCAUAAGAGAGGAAAUGAAAAGCAAGCUUCUAAACCUCGAAGAAUUAAAGUUAUAGCUGAACAUCAUCCAGAAGUUGUACCGAAGGGAAGCCUGAGGGUUGACGAGCUUGCUAAGCUAUUAGCUUAAUCCACAUUAUUACUUCCAAAAUUUUACUAGGCAUACUUUAUAGACUGAGAUCUUCCCCUGCUAAUGUUUAUUGCAUUUGGUCCAUCUUUGUCUAGGAUUUUGUCAUUUUCCCUCAGUGAGAGCCUUUUACAUGUUUCUAUGAAAUGCUAAGGUAUUUCCAAAUUAACAGUUUAGAGAAAAAUGAGCUUCUCUCAGUCA